AUGACAGAUCACCAGGAUGUUAGUAAAGAUUUACCAGAUAUUGAAAAUUUGCUGAGUUUGAAUCCAAAAAUAAAACCCUACACAAAUUUUGUCCCCUCUUUAGAAACAAAAACAAACAAACACCACUGGAAGCGUAACAACACCUUAAGUUGUACCUCAUGUUUAAAAAACAACUUUGAAGACAUAAAACACACGACCCUAAGCGAGCGCGGAGCGCUAAAAGAAUCCGCAAGGUGUUUAAAAUGCGCUGAUGCGCCAUGUCAAAAAUCUUGUCCAACCCAAAUCGACGUUAAGUCCUUCAUAACCUCAAUAUCCAACAAAAACUACUAUGGCGCCGCGAAGACCAUUUUGUCGGACAAUCCUCUGGGUCUUACUUGCGGAAUGGUUUGUCCUACAAGUGACCUCUGUGUCGGGGGGUGUAAUUUAGCGGCUACAGAAGAAGGAGCUAUUAAUAUCGGAGGCUUGCAACAUUUUGCAGUGGAUAUCUUCAAGAAAAUGAAUAUCCGCGCGACCAGAAUUCCCGGCCAGUUUGUCGAGUAUUCUAAUACUAAAAUUGCGCUUUUGGGAUGCGGACCUUCGUCGAUAUCCUGCGCAACAUUCUUAGCAAGAUUGGGGUACACUGAAAUUACAAUAUUUGAAAAGGAAAAUUAUCUUGGGGGCUUAAGCUCUUCAGAAAUUCCUCAGUAUCGAUUGCCGUAUGAUGUGGUUAGCUUUGAAAUUCAAUUGAUCCAAGACCUGGGGGUCACAAUUGAAUGCAACAGAAUGUUAUCAGUAGACGAUUUGACGAUUGAAAGUCUCCAAAAAUCUGGUUAUGAAGCUAUUUUUUGUGGAAUUGGUUUACCAGAGGCAAAAGUAAUCCCAAUUUUUGAAGGAUUGACUCCAGAAAUGGGAUUCUAUACCUCGAAAAAUUUUCUGCCUUUGGUAUCAGGCGGCAGCAAGCCAGGGUUAUCAUGCAAAUGCAAAUUACCCAAUUUGCACGGCAAUGUAAUUGUCCUUGGAGCAGGUGACACCGCAUUUGACUGCGCCACAUCUGCAUUUAGAUGCGGAGCGAAGAAAGUUUUCGUAAUCUUCCGCAAAGGCUUCACCAAUGUUCGCGCAGUUCCGGAAGAAAUGGAGCUAGCUCGAGAAGAAAAGUGUGAAUUCAUUCCGUUCCAAUCUCCAAAGCAAGUGAUAAUCAAGAACAAUAGGAUAGUAGCCAUGGAAUUCUACCGCACUGAACAGAACGGUGAUGAUUGGGUAGAAGAUGACGAUCAGAUAACUAGAAUCAAAGCAGACUUUGUGAUUUCUGCAUUUGGGUCCGGUUUGUUUGAUCCAAAAGUAAAGGCUGCUAUGCAUCCUUUGAAGUUUAACAAAUACGGAUUGCCUGAAGUUGAUACCACCAGCAUGAAAACUUCUGCCCCAGGUGUUUUCUGCGGAGGAGAUCUAGCGGGAGUCGCCCAAACUACAGUAGAGUCUGUGAACGACGGAAAGAUAGCGGCUUGGUUCAUCCACAAGUUCAUCCAAGAAUCUCACGGAUUUGGAGAUUUUGUACCAAAAACUCCGCAGCUUCCUAAAUUCCAUAGUUCAAUAGAUGACGUGGACAUUAGCGUAGAAUUCUGUGGAUUGAAAUUCGAGAAUCCCUUUGGGUUAGCUUCAGCACCUCCUGCAACAACCAGUGCAAUGAUCAGAAGAUCUUUUGAAGCUGGCUGGGGAUUCACAGUUACUAAAACUUUUGGGCUGGAUAAAGAUCUUGUGACGAAUGUCUCACCAAGGAUAAUCAGAGGAACUACUUCUGGGCACAAUUACGGACCAGGACAAGGUAGCUUCCUGAAUAUUGAACUGAUCUCUGAGAAGACAGCCGCUUAUUGGUGCCGCAGUAUCAGCGAAUUGAAAAGAGACUUUCCGGAGAAGAUUGUGAUUGCGAGCAUCAUGUGCUCUUUUAAUCAGGAUGAUUGGGUCGAAUUGGCGAAGCAGGCAGAAGCUGCUGGGUCGGAUGCGUUGGAAUUGAACCUUUCGUGCCCGCAUGGAAUGGGGGAGUCAGGAAUGGGCUUAGCUUGUGGUCAAGAUCCCUAUUUGGUUCGUGAAAUAUCAAUUUGGGUGAAAUCAACGGUUAGAAUUCCAGUUUUUGUGAAGCUAACGCCGAAUAUUACGGAUAUUGUGGCGAUUGCUACGGCGGCUUAUGAAGGAGGUGCUGAUGGAGUUUCGGCGAUCAAUACUGUUUCAGUAGGAAGCGCAAAAGCUACAACUUACGGCGGAGUUUCUGGAAACGCCACGCGACCUCAGGCGCUGCGCGCCAUUUCUAGCAUCGCGAAGAAACUCCCGGGAUUCCCAAUACUCGGAAUAGGUGGCGUAGACUCCGCAGAUGUUGCUUUACAAUUCAUUCAAUGCGGAGCUUCUGUAGUUCAAAUUUGCAGCGCGAUACAGAACCAGGAUUUCACUUUAAUUGAUGAUUACACAACUGGGUUGAAAACUUUGUUGUAUUUAUCAGCUUUGGAGCACACUAACGCUUGGGAAGGGCAAAGCCCGCCAACUUUCAAACAUCAGAAAGGCAAACCUGUUCUCUUCCAUCCUCUGGGGGAUCAUGUUCCUUUUUUUGGAGAGUAUCAGGUCUUGAGGGAAAAAGCUAUGGCUGAAAUCAGGGCUAAGGCAGAUCCCUUGGAGGUUUUUGAAGAAAAUAAUGGAAAAAAUGAAUUUGUAGGGCCUGUUUUGAAGAUUAAAGAUUUUGUGGGGAAAGCUUUGCCUAAUAUUACGACUUAUAAGCAAUUGGAUAAUAAAAAACAAGUUGUGGCACUGAUUGAUGAUGACUUGUGUAUCAAUUGUGGGAAGUGCUAUAUGACUUGUGCUGACUCUGGGUACCAAGCUAUUGAAUUUAAUGCUGAAACUCACAUUCCUAAGGUUAAUGACGAUUGUACUGGGUGCACUUUGUGCUUAUCUGUUUGUCCUAUUAUAGAUUGUAUUACUAUGGUGCCUAAAACUAUUCCGCAUGUUAUUAAACGAGGUAUUUACGUUAAUAACAAUUAA